AUGGAUGAAAUAUUUAACCACAGUGGAGCAGUGAACCGAAGUUCACCCGGUGAUGAAAAAUUCAGUUUCGAAGACAUUGAUGUCGGCGCAGAUGGCACCCCCAUCCUGAGGAUACUCAUCUCUGUGGUGUACUCUGUAGUUUGCGCAGUGGGUUUGGUGGGGAACCUGCUCGUCUUUUUCCUCAUGAGGUUACGACAAGGACGAAAGAGGUCGACCAUCAAUGUUUUCAUCAUUAAUUUGGCAGUGACGGACUUCCAGUUCGUGCUCACUUUGCCCUUCUGGGCUGUGGACACCGCGCUGGACUUCAGCUGGCCAUUUGGAGACGCCAUGUGCAAAAUCAUCCUCUCGGUCACCGUGAUGAACAUGUACGCCAGCGUGUUUUUUCUCACUGCCAUGAGUGUGACGCGUUACUUAUCUGUCGCCUCUGCUCUGAAGAAAAAAUCUCACAGAAGGUCACGGUAUGUGAAGUGGGUGUGCGCGGUGCUGUGGGUGGCGGCAACCGUCGCCACAGCCCCGACAACUAUCUUCUCCACUGUAACUGUGGUCGCUGGAGAAAAACUGUGCCUCCUCAAGUUUCCAGAUGGGCACGACUGGCUCGCCCUCUAUCAUAUCCAGAAAAUCUUGAUAGCUUUUAUCAUCCCUAUGCUUAUAGUCUCUGUCAACUAUCUGAUGCUUCUGCGCUUCGUGAGACGCAGGAGCAUGGACAGCAGCAACCCGAAACGGAGGUCGAGAGUCACCAAAUCUGUCGCUAUAGUGGUCUUGUCUUUUUUCUUCUGCUGGAUGCCAAACCAUGCCAUCACAUUUUGGGGCGUCUUGGUCAAAUUUAACGCAGUCAACUGGGAUAAGUCAUAUUACAUGGUGCACACGUAUGUGUUCCCUGUUACUGUGUGUUUGGCGCAUGCAAACAGCUGCUUGAACCCAGUGCUUUACUGCCUGAUGAGGCCAGAAAUCAGGAAAAUGCUUAGCAGUUUGUUCUGGAGAGUUUCCACUCCAUCCUCCAACAAGGGAUGCGCGACGCGCUCUUUAACGCAGGGAGAAACUCUGGGAGUCGUGCCUCUCCAAAUAAUGGACAAUGGAGAGUACACGCUGUCCAUCAUAGACCGUAAAGGCUUAUCAAACUCUAAAAUGAUCCCAUACACCCGAUAA